CUUGACCCUGUUGGCUGGAAAUCGAGAAGUAAGGUUCUUCUCCUUCUAGUUGGCCAGCGUUCGAAUCUUGGAGGAAACUAUCCGCCGACCAAAGAUAUAACCUUUGGGUAAAGGUGCUAUUUUUAUCGAGCCUUGAUCAUGUUAGGGGUAGCCACCUCAUCGCUUUGUAAAACGUAUAGAUAUGGGAGAAGAACACCUCUCCCAUUAAAAAACACAGAAAUUCCAAAUUCCAUUCCUUUAUUUUCUCGAUAAUCAUCAUCCUUUUAAAGUAUCCCAAUCAACAAUCCAUUUUGCUCAAAGCCCUUUUGGUGAUAUUCCUGAUACCUGCUUGCUUACUCUUGAAUUUGAUCUGAAUUUUGCUGUUUUUGGUUCAGAAAAACUGUAAUUCUCUUUAUUUAUUGACAGAUGCAGAUGGGAUUUCAGGAAUUCUGGAUCUUGCUGAUAUGUAAUUUUCAUUUCUGUAUUGUAUUGCCUUGAUCUGUAAUGAUCUUGUUAAACAUGUGCUUCUUUUUUGUCAUGUUUGGAUACCCUUUUUGCUUCUUUUUGUUGCGUGAUUGAGCCUACUUGCCAAUCGGAUAAUCUGAUGGUGAUUUUCACGAUCUGGGUUUGGGGAAAAGAUGGAACUUUUCUCAAAUUUUCCCAGGUUGGAUACAAGUGUUUUAUCCCCUGUUUUUGGGGUGUGAGGGGUGGAUGUUUAUCUUGCUUGUUGGGGUUCAUUUUGAUCAGGUCAAUCUGACUUUGCUGCGUUGAAUUGGGUUUACGUGAACAACAGUGUAGCUUCUGAUUUGGAAAUUCUUUUCUUUCCGAGUUUCUUUUGAGUGUGGAAUAUCCCUUUCAUGGCGGACUACUAUUCUUAUCUUCAAAGCUUUCUCCUUUAGACCGCACCUUUACAAUUCCCUGGUUUAUGCCAUUGUUUCUCUUCUUCCUGUUUCUCUGUUUCAUAAUUUCUUCUCACCAUCAUCUAAGCUGGGUUUAUAUUGGCUUUGUAAGGAAUAAUCAAUUGAUCAGACCAAAUUUUUUUUUGGUUGUGGAAUGAUCAUCUCAUCAUAACAUUUUAUUUGACAUAGUUUUUGGUGCAAAUUAGUUUUCUUUUCACUUUUGAGAUAUAAGGAGUUUGAUGAGCAUAUCUUUUCAUCUGUAGGUUUGAGACUUGAAGUUUGCUGAUCAAUUGCUUUCUAAGGUAGAAAUUUUUUGCCUGA